AUGUCUUUCAAGCCAUAUGUCAAUUUUGAAGGCGAAAAUAAACAAAAUAUAUCAACUGUAUGGCUGCUAUCAUUACUAAACAAAAGACAAUUAUUUCCAAAGCAAAAAGGAAGUUGGACAAAGGUAUCAAAAAAGGAUAUUCUAGAAGUUUCUAUACCAACAACUUGUCACCUAAUUAAAGCUGAUUCACAUCCAUUACAAUUAAAACAAAUUUCACAUUUGUUAUAUGGAAUUUCACUGUGUUACUGUAAAAAGUCAGACUUUGUUUUGGAAGAUUUAUCUGUACUUUUAACUCAAAUACAUAAAUCGUUCGCAAGUAAAGAAAGAGUCAUCGAAAACCGAUGCAUUUCUAGAAAAUAUCUAAAUACACUAAAACACAAACAUGACGUAAUACUAAAUGCUGAGAAUUUUUUUCAGGAUGACAAUCUAUUUAAUAUUAAUGAUAUUGAAAAUUUUGAGCUUUUUCUAACUAGAAUAGACAUAAGGAAUCAUCAAAAAAUAGAAUCAUUGCAGAUAAAGAAAAAAGACUUUUUAAAUGAACUCAGAAAUUACAAUAUUUUACCAAAUCCAAGUGAAGAUAUUUCUGAUCAUCAAAAUGUUGUCAGAAAUUUCACAUUAGAAGAACUUCCUGUUGAUUUCUCUUUAGAUUUAAAUUUUGAAGAUAUAAUCAGUCAACAAGGGACCACAAGAUCAACUAGUUCACUAACAUACAAAAAUAACCAAGAUAUUCGUUUUAGAGAAGAGGCAAGAUAUUUUGGAGAAGAAACUAAUUUUACUAAUGAAGAAGUCGACUCAGUUAUAAAUUUUGAUUUAGAGAUUUCUUCAAAUAAGACAGAACAUAAAAUAGCCUCCAAGAUUCAGCACAAUCAAAACCCUACAUCAAACUUAGAAAGAAAGAGAAAACCUGAUUCUGAAGGUCAUAAGAAUAGGGGUAUAUUAAAAAAGAUUAAACUUGAUUCAAAAAUUAGUAUGUUAACCGAAACACUAAAAAUAAACCAUGAGGCUUAUGUUGAAAUUAUGGAAAGAAGUAAAAGAAAAUUUGGUAAAAAUAUCUCUAAAACUGGCCGCCAACUUUUUUUUUCUAACGAUAAUACAACAAAACUCGUAAAUAAAUGCUGGAAUUUUUUGCUUUCAAAGGAUUUGUAUUCCUUCCUUCAUAAACCAAUACCAUAUUCCUCUUCUCGGUCAAAUGAAUAUGUUGAUAAUAUUGAUACGGGUAGAAAAUUGGUUAAUCUUUCUGAAAGAAGUAACCUAUUUUUAGAUAAUGAAGAUCAUGAACUUUUUAGACAAGAUGAAAGUAUUGCCAAUAAUAUGUUAUUUCAUUUAGAUCAAAUUGAAGAAGAUUUAAACGAAGCAAAUCUAAUUCCAUAUUCUGAAUCAAUAGAAAAUGAUUUAGAGUUUAUGAGACACCCUUUAAAUCUCUUACCCUCGAGUAUUGGAAAUUAUUCAACCAGAACAUCGUCUAACAAUUCUGCACAACGAAAAACAGACUUUAUUGAUGUUUUAAAGUUGUCUAAAAAUACAAAUAAUACUAUAAUAAACGAAAAAGAUCAAUAUAAGAGUUUAUUGGACACCCCUGAGAAUAAAAUCCAAAAAAAUCUGGACAAACUAAGAAAUUGUCAAAGCGAAAAAUUCUAUUCUUAUCUCUACAGCAAGUUCUGUGAGAUGAAAGAUAGUACAGUAGAAAGAGAUGUAUCUAUUGAUACUCUUCUAAACAAUGGAUUACCUUUCAAUUAUAUUAUUCCAGACAAAAUUGAAGAUUUUGAAACGAAGGGUUUUGUACCCAUGACAAAACAAUUGGCUGCCAAUGCAUUUUUUUCACUAUUGGAUCUCGCAUCACAGGAUAUUAUUGAUUUGAAAGUAUCAAAAUUCGUCUCAAUUCCAAUCACAUUAGAAACAUUCCAUAUUAUUAUGUAA